GUUAGAACACGUUGACUUUAGCACUGCAGCAGGGUUGGGUGUGACAAUGAGGCACUCUUUGUUCUGCAUGCUUGAUUUAUUAUUGCUCAGUACGGUCUUCUAUGGAAAUGCUACAGCCAGUAAACCUCGGGCCUUAAUAACAGCACAUGAGGGAGUUAUACCAGCAGGGGGCAGUGUGACACUGAGCUGCUCUGUGGAGGGCUCUGCAGGCUGGAAGUUUGACUGGUUCAGACGUGAUUCAGCGUUUUCUGUGGCUCAGAAAAUAGGAGCUGGAACAUCAGAGCACACGAUCAGUAUUUCAGAAGGAGGCAUCUAUUACUGCAGAGGAGGGAGAGGAGAUCCAGUUUUCUCCACAGAGGACAGCGUUCCAGUUAAAAUUAAGAAACGGGUCCUGUAUGUUGUAAAGUCGCAACACCGUUGGGCUCAGAUGUUCAUUGGUGAGACAAUCAUCCUUCAAUGUGAGAUCCAAGGAGGGGAAGGCAAGGAGAUGACAUAUGAAUGGAAAUCACCAAACCCAAACAUCCCUGAAACAUCCAGUGAAUACAGGAUCAGCAGAGUUUCAGUGUCCCACAGUGGAGACUACAGAUGUCGGGGUAGCAGUGACUAUCUCUUAGCAAAAUGGAGUGACCCCUUCACACUGAUUGUCUUGUCAAAUAAACCCAGAGCCACACUGACAGCACAAAGUUCAACCAUACCAGCAGGGGGCAGUGUGACACUGAGCUGCUCUGUGGAGGGCUCUGCUGGCUGGAAGUUUGACUGGUUCAGACGUGAUUCAGUUUUUUCUAAAGCUCAGCUCAUGAGAGGAAAUGAAGCCAACAGAGUUAUUAGUGUCUCACAAGGAGGUCUGUACCACUGCAGAGGAGGGAGAGGAGAUCCAGUUUACUACACAGAGGACAGCAGUGAAUUCAUUGUGGAGGAAACCUCACAAACUGAAAAACCUCGGGCCUCACUGGGGGGCAGCGUGACCCUGAACUGCUCUGUGAACGACUCUGCAGGAUGGAGAUAUUACUGGUUCAGACGUACCUCAGAGUCUUCUACAGCCCAGAGAAUAACAAACGGAACAUCAUCCCACACUUUCAGUGUUGCAGAAGGAGGCAUCUAUCACUGCAGAGGAGGAAGAGGAGACCCAGUUUUCUUCACAGAUGACAGUGUUUCAGUCACAAUUGAGACAAAUGGUUUCAGAUGUGAAAGCCACUCGUUUCUUGUGCCUUUCAUCAUUGGACUUGUUUUUGGAAGUUUACUCACUGUUCCCGUGUUGUUGUGCUGUAUAUGCUGCCACACAAGGAUAAGAGAUCGCUGUAGAAACAGGUUCAUCCAGUCUCCAAACAUCAAUCAAUCCUCUGCUGCACCCCAAACUCCUAACCAAAGUGACACUCAGAUUUACUCCUCUCUUCUCCACGGUGAUCUUUCUGUCUAUGAAUCGAUCAGAAACUCUGGAAUCACUCGAAGUGACUUUCAUUCGCGUCACCCACAUCCUCCCAAUCUCCACCUCACUAACACCUCAGUCAGAGCUCCAUCCAAGCCUCAGUCUUCAUCUUCACCACCACCAGAGUUUAGACUCCAGGGGAAACUCUCCUAAGUCCUAUCACUGUUUGGAUUCUGUUCUGCCAUGAUGGGUCGAAGUUGGAUUGCCAAAGGCAUUAAUUCAUUUCUCAAUCUUAAUAAAUCAUGUUCAAUUCCUCCAAGUUAUACUUCUUAUUGAACUAAUAGAGUCUACCUUUGUAUUAGUCCAUAUUAUUUUUAUUUUUGUUGAAUGUAUUUUGUAUGUUAA